AUGAGCAGCACGUUCCGUGGGAUUCUGAAGGCAGUGAGAAGAGAUGGCAGCCUUGUUUUGCAGAACGCCAGUCUGGCUCAGAAUGGGGAAUACAGUUGCCAUGAUCUCGCCACUGGGCGGUUGCUGCGGAGAAUUCAUCUGAAGCUGGGCUGUGAGUAGAAAAAGACAAUUACAGUCCACAUUCCUUGUGUCUCAAGUUCUUGAUGUUUGGUCUUUUGUGACUCUACCCCUCUCUGGUUGAUUCCCCACCAGAGUCUAACUAAGAGUCUGCCUUUCUGUAAUCCAAGAUUUCCCAAACUUGGGUCUCCAGCUGUUGUUGGACUACAAUUCCCAUUAUCCCUAGCUGCAGGACUAGGACGAUGGGAACUGUAGUCCAAAAACAGCUGGAGACCCAAGUUUGGGAAACCCUACUUUGAAUUGGUUGGAAGAGGAAUCAAAAUUCAGCGUAGCACUUAAUUGCAUGCUAUCGUGCAAUGCCUUUCCCAUGACCAAGAUUCUUCUAUAGUAUUUUCUUAGAAAUAGGUCUUGCUCACCAAAGGCCCCUGCAAUGUUUAUUAGAAGCUUGCUCCUUGGGUCUUCUUCAUCUUAAGGCAUUGGCUGCCCCUUAAUUUGGUCUGGUCUUGGUCUGUGGGAGGUGACUUAAAUCACUAAGCUUCUUUCAAUUUUUAAAAAUUGGAAUAGAGGGGGGAUUUGCGGGGGGUGGGGUGGUAAAUUAGGAAACAAGUACCUGUAAUCUGCCACUUGGGGUGCUGAUGGCAGGAAAAUGGGAACAGAAUAAGUAAAGGCAUAAAAGAGAGCAAUUCAGCAGUGCUUUUGCUUUUGCAAUUGGUUGUAGAAGCCACAAGGAAUAAGCUUCUAAUUAAAGGCACAGUAGGGUUUAAAAGUUAUAACGUCCACAGGAAUUUACCCUUAGCCAUGGCAACAUCCUAAUGAUUUGGUUUUUGUUUCAAUUUACCAUAUACCAUAAUUGGCAGGGAAGGUAAAUGUCACAGAAGUCCCCAUUAUUUAAAAAAGAGGGUUUCAUACUUAUGAAUAUCCUAUUGCAUUAGCUGGGCAGCAAUUUUUCUUUUCAGUUUCCCAGUCUCAAACUCAACAAAGUUGCCAACUGACACCAGUACCUCAAUUGCUGUUUUUGCACUUUCUUUUGAGAUAAUCACAUUUUCCACAAUGGCAUUAUUCCCUGUGUUUGUGGUGUUUAUUGUGUUAAAAAUCCAUUUACACUUUGUUCAAGACUGCUUUCAACCAUUUUCAACCAUUUCAACCAUUUUCAGGGUGGCUUAUAAUGCCUGUUUAGUUCUUUUGCAUAUUUCUUGUAGAAUUGCUGUCCAAAAGGGUUGGAUCAAAAUCCCACUACAUGUGGAGGUAUGUGCCUGUAGAGCUGCAGCCUCUCCAGCCCAAUUAAAAAAUUGAAAGAAGCUUAGUGAUUUAAGUCACCUCCCAGAGACCAAGACCAGAGGUUCCUGGUUGUGUCAGCACUAAUUUCUGUGGUGUUAGGUACCAUCUAUAAGUAAGUUCCCUUCUUUUAGCUAAGAUGGCUUUCAAGGGAGGUUUAGACCACAUUUUAGUCUAUUGGGUAGGGUUUAUUUCGUAGCCUAUGUCGUGCUCCUAUUGUUUUUUGAUUGUGUUGAGGGAUUCUGGAGAAGUAUCUUGUAUAUUGUGGAUACCAUCUUCUAGCCGUGUCCCUCUGCUGUCAGGCGAAGGUUUUCAAAUGUGGUCAAGGGCCUAGUGGCUACUGAUUUUACUGCUGGAUUAAGAAGGUGUGGUGUGUUAGCCAAGGUAUUUGGGUGUCCCCUAGUUUUGUCUUUGUGGUGUUGAUGAACAAAAAUUAUUCUUGAAGUGAUGUAGAACAUCUUAGCUGAAUAUGAAAAUGAAAAAUGUGUUUGUUGGUUGACAUUUUCAUGGAAUUACUCAAAUGUAACUGUCUCCCCACCAGAUAGUAAAGUGGAGAGAGAGAGCAGUGACCAAAAUGGGUCAUGUGACUCAUUGACUGGGUAAACACCAUGCAUUUAAUGCAUAAUUUUCCACCCACAAAUCCUGGGAACUGUCAGGGACUGGGCAGAUGAGAGUGUGGUGCAGUGGCAGAUCCUAGGACUAGACAUAAUUAAGAACAUUGUCCUUAGCAGCCACCAUAGGCAGCUGGAGGGGUCUGAUUGCUAGGAAGCAGCUAGAAUUGGCAGUAUUACAUGUGCCACAUAAAACCCAUUCUACACAUGUAAGAAAUCAAUCUUUUAGUGUGGCAGUACCUACACUUUGGAACUCCCUGUCUCUAGAUAUCAAGAAGGCGCCUUCACUGUAUUAUUUUGGUGCCUGCUAAAAGCGUUCCUUUAGACAAGCCUACCCAGAUGCUUAGAAAGUCAAGGUGAUUUGAAUCUGUUAUGGUCUUUUAACUUUUGUAUGCUUUAAAGAAUGGUUAUGGAUCCCCCCCCCCAGUUUUAUUGAUUUAUUAUUGAUGGUGUUUCCUGCUGGCAGGGGGUUGGACUCGAUGGCCCUUGUGGUCUCUUCCAACUCUAUGAUUCUAUGAUUCUAUGAUCUUUUUUUUUGUAAACCUCCUUGAGGGUUUUUUUUUAAUACUAUCAAGCAAUGCAUAAAUUUUAUGAAAUAAUUAAUUAAGCCACCUUUUCUGCUCCUCCCCUUUCCUCCAGACCCACCUGAUAAGCCUUUAGUAUGGUGCUGGUCCACCACCUACCCAGCCAUCAAUUGCUCCUGGAGGUUGGAGACAAAGACACACCUGCCUACUUUUUUUUCCUCCACGUACAGGUAAAAAGGAGAAACUCCCUCUUAUUGGUAUCAUAGAUACAGCUGUGGCAAUUCGGCUUCUCUCUUCACAGAAACGGAGGAAACAAUAUUUAUCAAAUUAAAGUGACGCUUUCAGAAGGGCUGCAGGGCUACCCAUGGCGCUCAUAAACCAACUUGUUUCCUUAGUAGGUGUCAUGGACUGGUUGGACACAGGGAUGGUGGGAGGAACCAGCUAGAAACCCCAAGGGAAGAAGGCUCAGAGCCCAGGGACUGCAGGUGGGACGACAAUGAGUGGUCAGAGGAGGAAGAGGGAGCAGACUGAGAAAAGGCGUCAGAAGCUGAGGAGGCAACAGGUUUUAGUGAGCAGGGAGAGUCUGUGGCAGAGAGAAGUCCAGAAUCAGAGGCAGAAGAGGAAUCUGGAGAGGAGGAGACUUAGGCAGCUGUGGGGAGCCAGGGACCUUUAGUCUCAGCAACUGAUCCAUAGGGCAAGAAUUGCUGUGUUCAUGAGGCCUGACACUCCUGUGCAGCUCCUGUUUUGCUAAUAUAGAGUUAACUCCAGCUCGCUUGGGGUGAUUCGUUGCUGGUUUGCUCUUGUCACUAGGUGGCCUGGGCAGCCCAUGCUAAUCUCUGACUUCUUUGCAAUCCAGGCUUGGCAUGGGAGGGGAAGUAAAGGAGUGUGUCCAAGCUAGCACAGUGGCCAACAGCUGCUCCAUUGACAAUGUCCAGAUGUUCUCCAUCAAUCCCUAUGUGCUGAAUGUAACAGCGGUGAACCCCCUGGGGGCAGCGACGACCCACUACUACUUCUUCCAGAAUGAGAUCCGUAAGUUUUCAUAGAAUCACGACACACAUGAUUUCCUGCAACUUUUCUAACGGAAGGAAACAGGAUUCAUGCUGACGGCAGUAACGUGCUGUUGCUCUUUAGACAUUGCUGGACUACAGCUUCCAUCAUUGCUGACCAUUGGUCAUGAUGGCUGGGGCUGAUGAGUCACUAGCCAAUACCUGGCCACACUAGCUAGCCCAAAGAAGGAUCCCUGGUCCUCUGGUGGAGGCAGAUGAGCAAGAGUCUUCCACUGCUUCGUUGGGGCAAAAGUCUGUACAGUGCAGAGAUAGGGAACUUGUCCAUCACUGGGGGAUUUAAAAGGUUUUAAACCACAAGGGUGACAGAAACAGGUUUGUAGGUUCAGAAUUUUGAGGGCACAUUGUGUUAUUCAGAGUGGCUUUUACAGGGCUGGCAGGAUUGACUCGAAUGUUGUCCACAUUAACACCACACAUUUAUAGCGCUUUAAACAAGCAUGGCUUCCCCCAAAGAAUCCUGGGUAAUGCAGUUUAUAAAGGGUGCUGAGAGUUGUAAGGAGGGCUCUAUCCCCCUCACUGAGCUACAAUUCCCAGAGUUCCUCGGGAAGGAUUGUUAAACCUCUCUGGAAACUGUAGUUCCAUGAGGGGACUAGUGGGGUCUCCUAACAAUCCUCAGCACCCUUAAGAAACUACAGUUCCCAGGAUUCUUUGGGAUCCAUAACCAUUUAGUGCCUAGUGUGAAGGUGGCACCGUAGGCCACACAUGCUUCUUCCAUCUCUCCACUCGCUUGCUUGUUUUGUAUUAUUUUCUCUGCACUGGCUUUGUCUUAGUCAAGCCUGACCCUCCAGAAGACUUGACCGUCUCCCAGAUCCCGGGCCAGAGGAAGAAGAUACUUUUGGUGUGGAAGCCCCCCAGCUCCUGGAAAUUCCCAGAAUACUUCCCCCUCAAAUACUUGAUCCGUUACUCAAGGGAUGGAACCAACACCAGCAAAAUGGUGAGAGAGAGCACCAUAAAUAAGUCAGGGCUCUGUAGCUUUAGGACAAAAUUGCUGCGCUUCCUAUAUUUGACCGUUGUGCUUCUUCUUGCAGCCCUUCCUUUAAUGCUUUGGUGCACAGGCUGCUGGCUUAUUGGAGAUAAUAGAAGUAGUAGUAGUAGUAGUAGUAGUAGUAGUAGUAGUGUAGCAAAUGGUCAGGCCAGUCAAAUGACCAGCAAGAAAGCUUUAAUUGUUUGCCGGCAGCAAGCAACGGCACCGAGGAAUAAGUUCCGAAGUCCGGCCCCUCCCAACAGGGGAGGCUUCCCUUUAGACAGUCUUGAAUCAGGUCUUUAUCCAAUCAAAAGUUACAGCAUUGCACAUACUCUGAUAGAUACAUUAGGUUCCGCCUGGAGACAGGGCAUGAGGAGUUGGACAUGACCCUUCCAUGUACUAAUUUGGUAAUCCUUAUCAGCCCAUCUCUGUGUGUCUCUGGGUCGUGGGUGUCUGAGUGUAUUGGAUAUGGGGACCUGGCCGAGAGCAACAAAAUGGCUUCCUUGCUUAAUAUUUUAACUCUCAAAAUGGCUUCCCUGAGCACGUUGCCACAGUAGUAGUAGUAGUAGCAGCAGUAAUUUAUUUUUGUACCCCAGCCACUCUAGGCGGCUUCCAAUGUAAUCUCGUGGCCCCCUUGGAUACGAGUCAGACGAUCAGCUAAGCAUGGCUGUAAGUCUGAAGCACGAUUGCGAGCAGGACCUGUAAGAAAUUGUGCUGUGAAUUUUAGGCGAGGGGGGUCCAAAUACUGUGAUACCUUGGUUCUCAAACUUAAUCCAUUCUGGAAGUCCGUUCCAAAACCAAAGCAUGCUUUCCCAUAGAAAGUAAUGUAAAAUGGAUUAAUUUGUUCCAGACUUUUAAAAACAACCACUAAACAGCAAUUUAACAUGAAUUUUACUAUCUAAUGAGACCACAGGUCCAUAAAAGGAAAGCAAUAAACAAUGUACUGCAGUCACACAAUCAAUCCAUCAGUUCCACACAGUCACAAAAACAAAACAAAAAAGCCACAAAAACAAAAACGCAAAAUAAAUAGCAAAAACAGACAGACUUCAGUGUAACACUCAAAAUGGAAGUGUGUCACUCAAAACGGAGCAUGCUCAGCUUCCAAAAGAAGUUUGCAAACCAGAACACUUACGGUACUUCCAGGUUUGCAGUGUUUGGGUUCCAAGUUGUUUGAGUGCCAAGGCGUUUGAGAACCUGAAUACCACUGUGGAAGGGUAUAUAAUUAAGCAGGGUGAGUGGGCAGAGAAAGCUUUUUCUCUCACUCUCUUGACACUAGAACUCGGGGACCUCAGAUGAAAGUGAAUGUGGGAAGAUUGUGGAUAAAAGAAGCCCCUUCUCCACACAUUCCCACAGGAAGCAGCGAUGGGCACCAGCUUGGAUGCCUUUAAAGUUGCUUAAGGUCUCUGCCCUCGCAUUUUAUCUUCACAACAAACUUUGAGGUAGAUAAGGCAGAGAUACUGUGAUAGGAAUUUUGAGGUUUUAGAUAUAUGUUAAAUGUUCAUAAGUGUUGUUAACCAAGCACGUAUAUAAAUCAGCACAGGAAGACCAACCUGAAACCAUUUUUUAUUCCCAAACUGACCAAAUGUUUUCUCUGCAAGGUCAAAGGUCAUGUCUUGAGGGCAGGAGAGAGAUGAAUCCAUUCUUGAGAUAUGAAUAGGGUGUGAGCCUGUGACCUGGCUCAGGAACUAAGUAUUUAUCAUUACAAAAGACUGGCCAGGCUCCCCAGGCAAUCCAAUCAAGUGAGCAUUAACAGGUAACCUGGCAGACAGGAGGUUAAACAAAGCACUCAGAUUUCUGCUGUAGACUGCCCUCUCUGUGAUGUAGGUAUGAUGUAUCUGGGGGUGGCCUUGGACUCCAGGGAGGGAAUUUAAAAUGUCUAUAUAAGGACAGGCACACUUUUGUUCUGAGUUCCUCCUCCCUCCUGCAUGUGGUGAGUGAGGACCCUGUUGCAACAGAUCAAUAAAGAUCAGGCUUACUAGCUGCUUUGCUUCUCAAUAUUCUCUGGUUGGCCUCUGUUAUUUUCUCCUACCAAUAGGGAACCUACGUAAGGACUCUAUAUGGGCUCUUGGAUACCCCAUAAGGGAAAAAAGGGCAGAUUUUUCUUUACAAGAAUACCGGAACUGGCUGAAGCAUCGUGUUGGGGGGGGGAUUUGAACCCAUCUCCCCACUUCCACCAGUCAGUAGCCACUAGACUGGGCCACACUGGCUUCCUUUUUCUUCAGAGUGGCAUGGUGGGUGUCAGGUUUUUGAGAAAUGAAAUUACAGCUGUGGUCUUUUGUCUCUCGCAGACAAGGCCCACCGAGCAGACAUCCUUUGUGUUGACUGGGAUCCGCCCUGGGGUGACGUACCAGGUCCAGGUGGCAGCGAAGGACUUCCUCGAUCACGGCGAGUACAGUGCCUGGAGUCCGGCAGCAUCAGGGGCAGCCUGGAUGCCAGAGUUGUGCGCUUGAAGAGCAUCUGGAGUUCCUGUGGAUUUCGGAUGAGCCCCCACUUCCCAGGGAUGGCCAAGAGUUCUUCAUCACCUUUUGCAAUUCUGGAGUUCACACAGAGCCUGAAGUCUAAUUUCUAUUUGCAUGGGGAAAUUUCAGCUCCUUUUCCUCCUUUUCCUUUACUGGGAACUAAUUUGACUCCCCUUUUUCUUCUAUAUAUGUGAUAAAUGUAUACUCUCAUUGCACUCUCAGUUGUUUCCCGGUUUCCCCCUCCCCUCUGUAUUUUCAGUUUAUUUUUCUAUUUGCAUUUCUUACAUUCAUUAUUCUCCCUGCAUUUGGUAUGUGCUUAUGCCAAUAAACAUUCUGUAUAAAAAAUGACAACAACAGUUUCUUGUUGAAAAAGAAAAAACCUAGUUUCUUUCACACACCAUCCCCAAAAGAUCAUAGACCACCAAUCCGGAAGUUUCUGACAAGGGCUUUUUGAGAAAGCACUAUCUAUAUCACACUGCAACCAAUGGCAGUAUUCAAAUUUAUCUUAAUAGGAAUUAAUAACAUCUCAUUACUCAAAAGGCUCAUAUCAGCCAAUCUUCUUAUAUCAUAGAAUCAUAGAAUCAUAGAAUCAUAGAAGAGUUGGAAGAGACCACAAGGGCCAUCAGGUCCAACCCCCUGCCAAGCAGGAAACACCAUCAGAGCACUCCUUACAUAUGGUUGUCAAGCCUCUGCUUAAAGACCUCCAAAGAAGGAGACUCCACCACACUCCUUGGCAGCAAAUUCCACUGUCGAACAGCUCUUACUGUCAGGAAGUUCUUCCUAAUGUUUAGGUGGAAUCUUCUUUCUUGUAGUUUGGAUCCAUUGCUCCGUGUCCGCUUCUCUGGAGCAGCAGAAAACAACCUUUCUCCCUCCUCUAUGUGACAUCCUUUUCUAUAUUUGAACAUGGCUAUCAUAUCACCCCUUAACCUCCUCUUCUCCAGGCUAAACAUGCCCAGCUCCCUUAGCCGUUCCUCAUAAGGCAUCGUUUCCAGGCCUUUGACCAUUUUGGUUGCCCUCCUCUGGACACGUUCCAGUUUGUCAGUGUCCUUCUUGAACUGUGGUGCCCAGAACUGGACACAGUACUCCAGGUGAGGUCUGACCAGGGCAGAAUACAGUGGCACUAUUACUCCCUUGAUCUAGAUGCUAUACUCCUAUUGAUGCAGCCCAGAAUUGCAUUGGCUUUUUAGCUGCCGCGUCACACUGUUGGCUCAUGUCAAGUUUGUGGUCAACCAAGACUCCUAGAUCCUUUUCACAUGUACUGCUCUCAAGCCAGGUGUCACCCAUCUUGUAUUUGUGCCUCUCAUUUUUUUGCCCAAGUGCAAUACUUUACAUUUCUCCCUGUUAAAAUUCAUCUUGUUUGUUUUUGCCCAGUUCUCUAAUCUGUCAAGGUCGUUUUGAAGUGUGAUCCUGUCCUCUGGGGUGUUAGCCACCCCUCCCAGCUUGGUGUCAUCUGCAAAUUUGAUCAGGAUGCCCUUGAGUCCAUCAUCCAAGUCGUAUAUAAUGUUACUGUUGGAAAACAAGAGCAAGAACAUAACAAAAUCCUACUGAAUCAGGCCAGUGACCCAACUAGUCCAGCAUCCUGUUCUCACAGGGGCCAACCAGAUGUCCUUGUAAGCAGGACAUCAGAUUAUUAUAUUAUAUUAUAUUAUAUUAGUCCAAUCACUGCAUUAGUAUAGGAUACUUCAGUUAUUUCUGUUUACAUUUUAUGAAAAUAUGCAUUUUAACAGUAUUGCACAUUUAUUUUUAUAUUAACAAUGCACUUAAAAUUACUACUCAAAGCAAUGAAUACAUAAUUGCAUUGCACACAUAGUUAAGCAGUAUAAAAAUGUGUAAACAAUGUUCUUAAAAACAAUUGUUAAUGAUGCCUAAUAUCUUUCUUACUGUGAUUAGUGUUGCCUUUAUUGCUACUAAUACCAGUGACUUACAAGAUCAAGCCCUAUUCUGGAGUCUGGAAACCAAGCCUUAUGAGGAAUGGUUGAGGGAGCUCGGUUUGUUUAGCCUGGAGAAACUGAGAGCCAUCUUCCAAUAUCUUGAGGGCUGUCACGUGGAAGAGGGAACAAGCUUGUUUUCUCCUGUUCUGGAGAGUACAACUCGAACCCAUGACUUCAAGUUACCAGAAAGGAGAUUCCAACCAAACAUUGGGAAGAACCUUCUGACAGAAAGAGCUGUUCGAGAGUGGAGAAUGGACUAGCGAGGAAGGUGGCGGCCUCUCCUUCCUUGGAGCUUUUUAAGCAGAGGUUGGAUGGCCAUCUGUUAUGAAUGAACUAGCUGAGAUUCCUCAUUGCAGGGGGUUGGGCUAGAUGACCCUUGGGUCCCUUCCAACUCUAUGAUUCUAUAAGUACCAGUGAUAAGACAGUCCACAAAAGGAAAAGGGGCUGGAAUGGAGGAGGGAGGGGAAAGAAAACUCCUGGCACUCAUUCUUUCUUGUUACAGAACUAAAAGAUUUCCCAAGAUCAGAGCAGGCAGAACAUUUCUUCUUGCUUCAUUAACAAAUUACUUCUUAGGAAGCAGUACAAAGCACUGGACGAAAAAAACAGAAACAAUGACAGGCCCAUUUCUCUCCACAUCCUUCAACUUGAGGUUUGGAUAGAGAGAGCUGAGGGCUGGAGUUGAACUCCACAGCAAGAACAUCUCCAGGAGAGAGCUGCAUGCUCUGUCAAGAAGUCUCUCUGAAAAGCAUCCCCCUGGGAAGGGAGCCAACCCAGGCGAAACCCGAACCCCAACACGUGGCCCAGGCUUCUCACAUUGGUGUGGGUAACCAGAGGUUCAGUUUCACUCCAUUGUGAGAGAAAUAAUUUGUGUUGCUUUUUUAUUGCCUUUUUAGAACAAAUGUUGCUCUUAUUAAUUGCCUUUGUUAUAAAAGUCAUAAGGCCAUAAGGUUAUUAUGGUUGGGAGAUUUUUAUCUGGGGCUGUUCUAAUAUUGUAAAAAUAGAAAGGAAGAAACGAUUUGUUAGAAAAUGUAAAGGCAAUAUUAAGUUAGGAAUUGCAGGAGAAAUAAUUAAGAUGAAAGGCUAUCAGAGAUGCUGAAGGAAGUCCAAAUAAGGAUAUAUGUAUAAUAAUUUGUGUGGUAUAUCUUAAAUUUUUUGUAUGCUAAAAUUAAUAAAAAAUAUUACACAAAAAAAAAAGCAUGGAGGACGUGGACCCAGCGGGGAAGUAUGUUCAGCUGAAGAACCGCUCUGACAAGGUAGGCUGCAGGAAGAGAGGUCUUGGCUCAGAAGCACUGUUGGGGCCUUCAGGCUUCCCUCCUUGACUGGCCUGGCCCUGGGGCUGGUUUUGCUGCUCCCUGAGUCCCGCUGCUUCUCCCUCAGGAUCAAUCUCUUGGGAACUGGAGGCUGAAGAAAAAGAUUGGCGAGGGAGAAGAGGUGGCUUACAAAUUUACCCCAAAAUAUGUCCUCCGGGCUGGGCAGGCGGUCACAGUAAGUCAUGGUUCUUUCCUCAGGAGAAAAGGCCUCCUCAUUGGAAGGGAGGGUAUUGGUUGCCCAGUAUCCAGAGACCUCCUCACGCUCUGCCCGCUUCCGUGCCCGACGCAGAACCUCCUUGGUUGUUUCCUGCAGCCUGUGGAGAAAAGGCUCCCUGCGACUGGGGGGGUGGUCCCUGCAGGAAGCCCAGAUGCCUCUGCCACUUGGAGGGCUGGCCAUUGGGGUCAGCUUGGAGGGCUGCUCCCUCUGGCGUGGUGAAGGAUCAAGGGUGCCCUGCCUGUGAAUGAGGGAGUCUCUUUCUUGCUAGAUCUGGGCAGCUGAUGCUGGGGUGGCCCACAGCCCACCUUCUGUCCUUGUGUGGAAGCACCAGACCAGUUGGAGCACCGGGACCAGUGUCCGCACCUACCUGGUGAACUCUGAUGGAGAGGUAGGUCCUCCGAAGGGGGGCACUGUGGGUGGGGGGGGGGGUGGAGGUGCUGGAGAAGCCAAAUAGUGAAGAAAAGGUUGCCUUGCUUUUGAUGCAAGGACAUGACAAAGAAGCUGCCUUUGAGCAUUCACUGAGCACCUGCUACACUCAACAUGAGCUGCGUUUCUCCUACUUCUUCUCAGGAAGUUGCUGUGAGGAGUUUGACUCAGUCAUCUGCUGUGCUGCAGGACAACGGGGAGGAAGAUGAGGAGGCAGAGUUUGGGGAGGAAGACCUCUUUCACCAGCAGGUAGCUGGAAGAAAAAACACUUCCACCCACCCACCAAGGGUUGAAUUGAUUGGGGCCUGACUGCAGCCAUGGCUUGGGGGUGGUUCCAAGGAGACAACGGGGUACCUUGGUCUCUCCCAAGGGGCAGCUGCGCGCGCUCUCUCUCUCUCUCUCUCACACACACACACACACACACACACACACACACACAGCGAGGCUGAGCAGCUUAGGCCCAGCCUUUUAGUUAUCAAAGGUUAAGGAGUUGGGAGUUGACUCUGCUCAAGAAAGGAAAGUGAAGAAAUUGGCCAAGUCAGGAGUCUCUUCCUCCCUGGGGUGGCAGAGGGAGCGUUCCUGGGUCCUGACUCACUUUGAAAAGGGGAGGACUUGUGAGGGUAGAUUCUGGGAGGGAGGGACUCCCAGCUGCUCAUCUCUGCUGUGGGUGGUGCCCAGGAGCUGCUCUUCUUUCCUUCCUGCACCCAACUGGCUGUGGCACACACACCCUGCCUCUCUCUAGGGUGGUCGGUCCCCAAGUGGUAGAAGCUGCUAAGAGGACAGCUAGGCUGAGCCUCUAUCCAAGUUGCCUCUCUGAUCUUUAGCCAGGGCAGGAGAGAGGGUUCUGCCGGGGCCACCUGGGGAGCUUCCUGAUGCCCCUCCUUCCUUCUCUAUCUCCAGGGGGAUCCCAGGACCACCUCCAGGGGCUGCACCGUCAUGUGA